AUGAUGGAGUCAAGGUCUCCGGUUUGCAAUACUUGCGGCGAGGAGAUUGGUGUAAAAUCAAACGGCGAGUUCUUCGUUGCUUGCCAUGAGUGUAGUUUCCCGAUCUGCAAAGCUUGUCUUGAGUAUGAAUUCAAAGAAGGUCGAAGAAUCUGCUUGCGUUGCGGCAAUCCCUAUGAUGAGAAUGUUUUUGAUGAUGUUGAGACAAAGACAUCUAAAAACCAAUCCACUAUUGCAACACAUAUCAAUAACACUCCUCAGGAUUCUGGAAUUCAUGCUAGACAUAUCAGUACAGUCUCCACAAUUGACAGUGAACUUAAUGAUGAAUAUGGAAACCCGAUAUGGAAGAACAGAGUCGAGAGCUGGAAAGACAAGAAAGAAAAGAAGAACAAGAAUAAGAAGAAGAAAGAUGCAAAGGCAACCAAAGCUGAAGAACAUGAGUCUCAGAUUCCUCCUCAGCAGCACAUGAAAGAUAUUCAACCGAACACAGAGGCUGCUGCUACAGACGUGCUUUCUGUUGUGAUUCCUAUCCCAAGGACAAAGAUAACUUCAUACAGGAUUGUGAUCAUCAUGCGGUUGAUCAUAUUGGCUCUGUUUUUCAACUACCGUAUCACGCAUCCUGUCGAUAGUGCUUAUGGUCUAUGGCUAACAUCUGUGAUAUGUGAGAUCUGGUUUGCUGUUUCAUGGGUAUUGGAUCAGUUCCCUAAAUGGUCUCCUAUCAACAGAGAAACUUACAUCGACCGUUUAUCCGCAAGAUUCGAAAGAGAAGGAGAGCAAUCUCAGCUUGCAGCUGUAGAUUUCUUUGUUAGUACUGUAGAUCCAUUGAAGGAGCCACCUUUGAUCACUGCCAACACAGUUCUUUCGAUCCUCGCGCUGGAUUAUCCGGUGGACAAAAUCUCUUGCUAUGUAUCUGAUGAUGGUGCUGCGAUGCUUUCUUUUGAGUCUUUGGUUGAGACAGCAGAUUUUGCUAGGAAAUGGGUACCUUUCUGCAAAAAGUACUCGAUCGAGCCACGAGCUCCCGAGUUUUACUUCUCGCUUAAAAUCGAUUACUUGAGGGACAAGGUUCAACCUUCUUUUGUGAAAGAACGUAGAGCUAUGAAAAGAGAUUAUGAAGAGUUCAAGAUUAGAAUGAAUGCUUUAGUCGCCAAGGCUCAAAAGACACCGGAAGAAGGAUGGACAAUGCAAGAUGGAACCUCUUGGCCCGGAAACAAUACUCGUGACCAUCCAGGGAUGAUUCAGGUGUUUCUUGGAUACAGUGGUGCUCGUGACAUUGAAGGAAACGAACUUCCAAGAUUAGUUUACGUCUCUAGAGAGAAGAGGCCUGGCUAUCAGCAUCACAAGAAGGCUGGGGCAGAGAACGCAUUGGUGAGGGUUUCUGCAGUUUUAACGAAUGCUCCAUUCAUUCUUAACCUUGAUUGUGAUCACUACGUCAACAAUAGCAAAGCAGUGCGUGAAGCAAUGUGCUUUUUAAUGGAUCCAAUUGUUGGUCAAGACGUUUGCUAUGUUCAAUUCCCACAGAGAUUUGAUGGAAUCGACAAGAGUGAUCGAUACGCUAACCGAAACAUAGUUUUCUUCGAUGUUAAUAUGAGAGGGCUUGAUGGGAUUCAAGGUCCGGUUUAUGUUGGUACCGGUUGUGUCUUUAGAAGACAAGCGCUUUAUGGAUAUAGUCCUCCUUCUAAACCAAGGAUGUUACCACAAUCUUCUUCUUCCUCGUCAUGUUGCUGCUUUCCAAGCAAGAAAAAACCAACACAAGAUCCUUCCGAGAUCUACAAAGACGCAAAGCGUGAAGAACUAGAUGCUGCAAUCUUUAACCUAGGUGACCUAGACAACUACGAUGAGUACGAGAGAUCGAUGCUGAUUUCACAAACAAGCUUUGAGAAAACAUUUGGCCUCUCUGCGGUUUUCAUUGAGUCUACAUUAAUGGAGAAUGGAGGGGUUCCUGACUCUGUGAACCCAUCAACGCUCAUCAAAGAAGCUAUUCAUGUCAUUAGCUGCGGAUACGAAGAGAAAACCGAAUGGGGAAAAGAAAUUGGAUGGAUUUAUGGAUCAAUCACAGAGGAUAUUUUGACGGGUUUCAAGAUGCAUUGUCGUGGAUGGAGGUCUAUUUACUGUAUGCCAUUAAGACCUGCUUUUAAAGGGUCUGCUCCUAUCAAUCUAUCAGAUAGGCUUCACCAGGUUCUGCGUUGGGCUCUUGGCUCAGUGGAGAUCUUCCUUAGCCGGCAUUGUCCUCUCUGGUACGGUUGCAGUGGAGGCCGGCUCAAGUGGCUCCAGAGAAUGGCUUAUGUUAACACCAUUGUUUAUCCUUUCACUUCCUUGCCCCUUGUUGCUUACUGUACUCUUCCUGCCAUUUGCCUUCUCACUGGCAAAUUCAUCAUCCCAACGCUAUCAAACUUAGCAAGCAUGCUGUUUCUAGGUCUCUUCAUAUCAAUCAUCUUAACAAGUGUCCUCGAGCUUCGAUGGAGUGGAGUGAGCAUCGAAGACUUAUGGAGAAACGAGCAAUUUUGGGUGAUUGGAGGUGUCUCAGCUCAUCUAUUCGCAGUUUUCCAAGGUUUCCUCAAAAUGCUCGCUGGUCUCGACACAAAUUUCACAGUCACAUCGAAAACCGCGGAAGAUUUAGAGUUUGGUGAGCUUUACAUUGUCAAAUGGACAACUCUCUUGAUCCCUCCAACAACACUUCUCAUAGUUAACUUGGUUGGAGUUGUUGCUGGAUUCUCUGAUGCUUUAAACAAAGGUUAUGAAGCUUGGGGACCUUUGUUUGGUAAAGUUUUCUUCGCCUUUUGGGUCGUUCUUCAUCUUUAUCCUUUCCUUAAAGGACUUAUGGGAAGACAGAACAGAACACCCACUAUUGUUGUUCUCUGGUCUAUCUUGCUUGCUUCUGUGUUUUCUCUUGUUUGGGUUCGUAUUAAUCCUUUUGUCUCUAGGACUGAUACGACCUCACUUUCACAGAACUGCCUUUUGAUCGAUUGCUAAGAGAUGAUGUUAUGUAUUCCUUUGAAGGAUUAAAUGAUCUGGUUUUUGAUUGUUUUGUAAAUUUUUAUUUCUUGUGGAAGACGUUUCUCUUAUGGUUGCUUGAUCCACAAAUUAAGUAAUGUUCUUGUUGCACAAGUUAGGUUUGAGGUUUCUGUUACUUCAACAUGUGAAAAUAUUAU